UAUUCCCAAAGGCGUAAACUUUUACAGAGAAAAACCGAACAGAAUGGACGGAGAAGAAGAAGAAGCCACAGUAUCUCUAGACUUCCCUCUCUUCAAACCCAGAUCAUCUAAACCCGCCCCGAAACCCGACCCCGAUCCGAUAACCCAUGCCGCCGCCGAACCGGACCUUGAGAGGUCCACAGACCCGGACGCGAACUCCGACGCCAAGUUCACCGACCUCGGACUCGCCGACUGGCUGCUCCGGACGGUCGCCGAGCUCGGUCUGAAGAAGCCGACGCCGGUCCAGGCGAACUGCAUCCCCAAAAUCCUGGAGGGCCGGGACGUGCUGGGCCUGGCCCAGACCGGUAGCGGCAAAACGGCGGCGUUCGCGCUGCCGAUUCUGCAGCGGCUGGCGGAGGGGCCUUAUGGGGUUUUCGCGCUGGUGAUGACGCCGACGCAUGAGCUGGCGUACCAGCUCGCCGAGCAGUUCAGGGCUUUCGGGUCGUCGCUGCAUUUGAGGUGCUCGGUGAUUGUUGGAGGUAUGGAUAAGCUGAAGCAAGCUCAGAGCUUGAUGAGUAGGCCCCAUGUGGUGAUUGCCACGCCCGGUAGGGUUAGGGAUUUGCUUCAGGAGGACCCUGAUUUUCCCUCUGUUUUCUCCAAGGCCAAGUUCCUAGUGCUGGAUGAGGCAGAUAGGUUAUUGAAUGCUGAAUUUGAGGCCGAUUUGAGAGUGGUGUUUCAGUGCUUGCCGAAGAAUCGGCAGACCCUGUUGUUUUCUGCAACAAUGACUAGUGACCUGCAAGCACUGAUUGAAGUUUCUGCAAAUAAGGCGUACUUUUACCAGGCUUAUGAAGGUCUCAGGACGGUUGGUACUCUUGCGCAGAAAUAUGUUUUCAUACCCCGUGAAGCGAAAGAAGUUUAUUUGGUGUAUAUUUUGUCGAAAAUGAAAGAUAUGGGUAUUCGUUCAGCCAUUGUGUUUGUCUCAACCCUAUGGAAUUGUCACUUAUUGAAUUUUUUACUGGAGGAGCUUGGUCAAAGUGUUUCAGCGUUGCACUCAUCCAAAUCCCAGCCUCUUAGACUUUCUGCAUUACAUAAGUUCAAAUCUGGACAGGUUCCAGUGUUGAUUGCAACUGAUCUUGCCAAUCGUGGUUUGGAUAUUCCUACGGUUGACCUAGUAAUCAAUUAUGAUAUUCCAAGUGAUCCAAAGGAUUAUGUUCACCGUGUGGGACGUACUGCAAGAGCAGGCAGAGGAGGUUUAGCUGUCAGCGUUGUUACCCAACUUGAUGUAAAGCUGCUUCAUAAAAUAGAAGAAGAAGUUGGGGAACAGUUGGUAGAAUUUGAAUGCAAGGAGAACGAGGUUCUUGAGGAUAUUCGUAAGGUUUACACAGCCAGGCGUGUGGCAAAGAUGAAGAUGAUGGAAUCCAACUUUGUAGAAAGAGAGAAAAAACGGAAAGAACGAACACUAAAGACGCUAGAAGCGAAAGGUUUAUUGAAAAAAAGGAGUAAGAAGAACAAAAGAGAAUUGGCUCCCGUAUAACCUUUCUUCCUCUCGACUCUGCAUAUGAAUACUAUCGCUAUCCUGGAUUCACUUCGUCAAUGAGAUCAUUGGUUGUGCACCAUGAAUGGCAAUUGCAUCAUUUUUGUAGUAUAGUCAGUUUCUUACGAUAUUAGAAUAUGAAUUACAUGAAAGGUACUCUGGCACUGGCACAAUUUGAACAAGGACUUCAAUAUUCAUUUAUUUCCUUGCAUAUUUGACUGAUCUGACUAAUGAAGUUCAAUAUAUGGGAUUAGAUUUUGUUAGUAUGAAA